GACCAUCGCGUUUUCAUUCAUCAGUUUUUGAUCACCAAUGGCGACUCUCAAGGAGAUCCUCACUCGACGGCCGGUCAUGGCGACUAUCAAACUAACCGUUCCAGCCGGUGGUGCGCGUCCAGGGCCUCCGGUGGGUCCAGCUCUAGGUCAGUAUAAGCUGAACUCGAUGGCAUUCUGCAAGGAUUUCAAUGCCAGGACGCAGAAGUUCAAACCUGAUACGCCGAUGGCGGUUCAAAUCACCGCUUUUAAGGAUAACACUUUCGAAUUUGUCGUCAAAUCUCCGUCGGUGACUUGGUAUCUGAAGAAGGCUGCUGGCGUGGAGUCUGGUAGCAGUCGUCCUGGACAUGUUGUAGCAUCGACUGUAACCCUAAAACAUGUAUACGAGAUCGCAAAGGUAAAACAAUCGGAUCCCUUUUGUCAGUUUAUGCCACUUGAGUCUAUUUGCAAAUCAAUUAUAGGUACUGCUAAUACCAUGGGUAUUAAAGUUGUGAAGGAAUUGGAAUGAAAGAUUGGGUUUUUUUCUAAAUCUUGAGUUUUUUUUCCCAUCAAUGUAGUGUGUGUGUGUGUGUGAGUGAAUUUCAUCAUCAUUCAUUUCUGUUAGCAGAUUGGGGUAUGGUGUUCAUUUGAAGAUUGUAGUUUAUGCAAUUGUUCUUCUCUUUGAUGAGAAUUGAUGAUGUUUUUCAGUGAUUAUCUGCAUAUUGGAUGAAUUGUCUCUUUAA